ACCCACACCAUUCAUCUUCUCCAAACACUUACCGACACAGCACCGUCUUCUUCUUCGCCGCACCGUCUCCUAAGGUGAGGUCUCGUCACCGUUGGCGUCGUCUGAGUUCGCAGAUCGUUUCAUCGCCGUCCAAAUCUGACUUUUUCAUUGUCAUGCCAUUCUUUCCUCACCGUCGCCUCCUCUGGUCGUGCCGCCUCCUCUGCUCACUCCACUGCUGCAGAUCGUCACCUUGCCGUCCAGAUCGGCUGUUGCUCCUUGUCGCGCUGUUCAUUUCUCACCGCCACCUCCUCUGGUAACUUCUUCUCCGGCAACAACAACAACAGUCUCUCCGGUGUAGACGAAACAGAACGUGAUGUGCGUCUGAAAGCAGUGGGUGAUUUAAUGCAUGAAGGUUUGGUCCGAAUUCAUAGAUACAAUACCAUAAUGUUAAGGCCAGGAUCGUAUAGAUGAUGCUGUUGAAGGUGAAUCCUGCCAAUGAGAGAAUGCUUGGAGGUGGUGGAGCUGACGGAGCUAUACAUAGAGCUGCAGGCCCAGAUCUUCUUCAAGCUUGCCUCAAGGUUCCAGAAGUCAGGCCUGGAAUCCGCUGCCCAACAGGGGAAGCAAGGAUCACGCCAGGUUUCAAGCUCCCAGCUUCUCAUGUUAUUCAUACCGUUGGACCAAUUUACCAUGCAGAUAAUAAUCCAGCUGCCUCUCUGGCAAAUGCGUACAUAAAUAGCUUGAAGGUUGCAAAAGAGAACAGCAUUCAGUAUAUAGCAUUCCCAGCCAUAUCAUGUGGUGCCUAUGGUCUGCAUUGCUACAUUCGCAGCCUAAGUCAACAGUUGGAACACCAGCAUAUAUUGCUCCAGAGGUUUUGUCUCAAAAGGAGUAUGAUGAAAAGAUUGCAGAUGUUUGGUCAUGUGGGGUGACUCUGUAUGUAAUGUUAGUUGGAGCAUACCCAUUUGAAGAUCUAGAAGAUCCUAAAGACUUCAAAAAGUCUAUUGGGUUCAGAGAAUAAUGAGCGUGCAGUAUUCUAUACCUGAUUAUGUGCGUCUUCCUUCAGAGUGUAGGCAUCUUCUCACUCGCUUGCCAAUCCAGCCAAGAGGAUUACUAUUUCGGAGAUAAAACAGCGCACAUGAUUCUUGAAGAACUUGCCUAGAGAAAUAAUUGAGGUUGAUAGAAGAAUCAACUAAGAAAGUGGGGCAAAAUAUUACGUGAAUCAGCCAAGUGAAAAAUUGCGUCAUCAAUCAACCAAAUAACAUCUCUAUGUAAUUCGAAUGAGCUAAAUUCGAACUAUAUUUGUAUAUAAUUCGAAUCUAUUCAAUUCGAAUUAUACAAGAACACAAAUACACACUAAUUCAAAUCUAUACGAUUCGAAUUACAAACAAGCAUAAUUCAAACUAGGUUAGUUCGAAUUAUACAUGUGCACGCUUCCCCAAGUAAUUUGAACCUAGUUGAUUCAAAUUACUCCCAUUUUGUAUCUAGUGGUAAUUUGAAUGUGGUUCAUUCGAAUUGUCUUGAAUCCGGCUAUAUAAGGAGUUCGAAUUCCCUUCAUUCGAAUCAAUUUUUCAUUCUCAUCCCCACCAAAUCCCAGAGAAAACGACCCUGAUUCGCUCUGACAAAAAGACUCGAUCAGAAUACUCAACAACCAAUGGGGGACGAUCCGGAAAGGCUAUAUCAGUUAGAUAGAGUUGCUCAUAUAGUCGGGGUCAUCAACGACAAGGUUAGAAGAAAGAAAAUUUUAUGCUAGUGGUUUAUUUGAGUUACUGGUUUUGUAGGCGGUUUAUGUUAGUGGUUUAUGCUAGUUGUAUUGCAAGUGGUUUAUUUUAGAGGUUUUGCAUGCAGUUUUGUAAACGGUUUAUGUUAGUGGUUCAUGUUAGUGGUUUUUGUUAGUGGUCUUGUAUGCGGUUUUGUUAAUGACUUAUGUUCGUGGUUUGUGCUAGUGGUAUUGCAUGUGGUUUAUUUUAGAGGUUUUGCAUGCGGUUUUGUUAGCGGUUUAUGUUAGUGGUUCAUGUUAGUGGUUUUUGUUAGUGGUUUUGUAUGCGGUUUUGUUGAUGGUUUAUGUUAGCGGCUUAUGCUAGAUGAAUUGCAUGUGAUUUAUUUUAGAGGUUUUGUAUGUGAUUUUGUUGGCGGUUUAUAUUAGUGGUUCAUGUUAGCGGUUUAUGUUAGUGAUUUUGCAUGCGGUUUAUAUUAGUGGUUUUGUAUGCAGUUUUCGUAAGUGGAUUUGCAUGUGGUUUGUUAGCGAUUUAAGCAUGUGGUUUUGCUAGUGGUUUAUUAUGUUGGUUUGGCAUGUAGUAUUUGUUAGUGGUUUCCAUGAGUGGUUUCUGUUGGUUAGUGGUUUUGUAAGUGGUUAUAAU